CACAGAUUAGUUUUUACGAGAUUAUUUUUUCAGACUCUACAGAAAAUAAUGUAAAUAAAAACAACACAGUCUACAGAGCAUGUUUGAUUUCCGAGUAUUGUGGAUGUUGUGCCAGGUUUGCUGGGCGCUUCCAUUAGAUUUGAAAGAUUCUGCGAAUGAUCUUCAUGAUUAUGAGGAAAAUCCAGUCCAAGAACUUGAGAGGUUGAAGCGAGGGCCCCCAAUGUUUGAUCUACCCCGAACAUGGAGGGUUAAAAAACUGGAUAAUUCAAUCAAUCAGGAUACUCAAGACCUGCCUCCUCAGCCUGCAGAACUUGUUUCUGCAACCCUGAAAUCCCCAGGAAAGUUGACACUAGGGUCUGAGGAUAACUUGAACCUAGGAUCUAUGGGUCUAGAAAAGAGGUUGGAGGGUCAUAAGUUUACUCCAGGCUGGAGAAUAGGGAAACGAUCUGGAUAUGAAGCUUCAGGCAGGAGAAUGUUUGAUGAAAGUUUUGCAAAAAGGUCGUCUCCUCGCAGAGAAUCCGGACAAUUUGUUUGGGAUAAUAUUCUCAGAUCUCCACAGGGUUUCCGUUUUCAUGAUAAUUUUGGAGAUUACAGCCUCUCCUCCAGAUUUAAGAGAGAAAAAUUGAUGAGAACAGAAUUGAACUCAAUACCUUUAAUGGGGAAACGCCAAGAGUCUUCAGAUGCAGAUUUUUUAUCGCAAUCACCUCUGAUGCAAAGAGUUCCACGGGGGAGCGAGCAGACGCAGAGAAAUGCCGCAAUUCGAAAACAUCUAGAAGUUAUGAAAGCUAUUUAUAACACGAGAAUAUAAACUGAGCUCUACGACUGAUACACAACUAGACAACUAGACAACUAGACAACUAGACAACUCAAGAUUACAUAAGACCUAACGGACAAUUGAAAUCACGAAAAGACAAAAUGGACAAAAUACUCACAAAGACAAAACAUGUUCUUACUUAAGAAUAUUAACUAAUAUGUUAUUAAAAAAACUUUAUUUUAUUUCAUUAUAUAUAUAUGUUUAAUUGUGAUUACUUAUCAAUACACUGCCGUGAUUAAAGCUGAAACAUUGUUACAAAUAAAUUAUUUAAUUAUU